AUGACAGUUACUCAAAACGAUGAAAAGAUCCCCUUCGAUACCCUGCCGCUGGUUUCAAAAGGCUCUCCUGGCAAAUUCUGGGGUUUUUUUUUUUUUGAAAAGGAAGACGAACUUGGUACUCAAUCUAGUAACCACAGGUGGUCGUUGAAGCCGCAAAAGGAGAUCAAGACCGGCAUUCGCAUUUCUCCUCACUCGCCGUUCAAACAUGUCAACACACCCCAGCUUCAGUAG